AUGAGAAGCUGGUAUGCCCAAACAGCUGGUGGUGGGGAGAGGAAUGGUAUGGAGGGAAUUGUAGUUGGCAUAUCAGGGAUUGAGGGGAAGCUUGGCAAUGGAGGCAGGGUUACCUUUGGGGCAGUAGGCAUGGUGGGCAAGCUUGGAAGUGGAGGCAGAGUGGGGUUAGGCAAAGAAGGUUGUGUAGUUGGUGAGAUUGGCAAUGUGGGCUGUGGGAGAGCUGGAAUCGUGGGCAAUGGGGGCAAUGUGGACUUUGACAAAUUGGGCACUGAAGGCAAAGGUGGUAAUUGCAAAAGAUUGCGAGCUGCUAAGCCAAUAUCCGCGCUUGAAAAUGAAAAAACAACGAAGAAAGAAAUGAUGAAGCAAUUGAAAGAAGCCAUCUUUUAA